AUAAGUUUAUUGGAUUUUUGUGAGGUGAUCCUCGGUGAAUUAUUCCAUCUUCAGGGUAUAUUUGUUUGUCUCGUCAUACUUGACAAUAGCCAUCCAUCUCCAGUGAAAACAAUGACAUCGGAAUCGGUCAAACAAAACGGUGUGAUGAGCGCGCAGGGUGAUUCAUCUCGACCGGCGUAUAGUGAAAUGACCAGUCGAGAUUACUACUUCGAUUCGUAUGCGCACUUUGGAAUUCAUGAGGAGAUGUUAAAAGAUGAAGUGCGCACAGUCACUUAUCGUAACGCAAUCUAUCACAACAAGCACCUUUUUAAAGAUAAGGUUGUUAUGGAUGUCGGAUCAGGAACGGGUAUUCUGUCGAUGUUUGCCGCGAAAGCCGGCGCUAGAAAAGUUAUUGCGAUUGAAUUCUCAAAUAUGGCUACGCAAUCGAAGCAGAUCGUGAAAGACAAUAACUUGGAGCACAUAAUAACCGUGGUUCACGGUAAAGUGGAAGAGAUCGUCGAGCUGCCGGAGGGCAUUGAGAAGGUGGACGUGAUAAUAUCUGAAUGGAUGGGCUAUUGUCUUUUCUAUGAAUCGAUGUUGAAUACGGUGAUAUACGCUCGAGACAAGUGGCUCAAACCCGAUGGUGCUAUGUUUCCGGAUCGUGCGAAGUUAUUCCUCUGUGCGAUUGAGGAUAGACAAUACAAGGAGGAUAAAAUCAACUGGUGGGAUAACGUAUACGGUUUCAAUAUGUCGAGUAUUCGACGUGUGGCGAUCGCUGAGCCACUAGUUGAUGUGGUGGAUCAUGCACAAGUGGUCACCAACAAUUGCCUACUGCGGGAUGUUGAUCUGUACACUGUGACCGUGAACGAUCUGUCGUGGAGUGCUGAUUAUAUGUUGCGGGUGACAAGAAACGAUUAUAUUCAAGCGUUGGUCACGUUCUUUACAGUCGAAUUCUCGAAAUGCCAUAAGAGGACGGGUUUUUCGACUGGGCCUGACGUGCAGUACACUCACUGGAAGCAGACCGUUUUUUAUCUGCAGGAGUCGUUGACGUGCAAGAAAAACGAAGAAAUCACAGGUGUUUUCUCGAUAGCUCCGAAUGCGCGCAAUGAGCGUGAUCUCGACUUUAAGAUAGCAGUUCAAUUUCACGGUGAUGUUUGCGAUGUUGAAGAAGAAAACGUUUAUACGAUGCACUGA